AUGCGGGCAACAUCGUCUGCGUUGGUCCGCCGAAUUGGCAGGUUACUCAGUCGCCGGAUAGUUGCCGUCUUUUUGUUGGUGACAACGGUCUUUGUGCUUACCACUCUUCUGUCUGCCAACAACAGGUUGGCGUUGAAAUGUCACUUGAGGCCCUCGUUGUGUCAAAAAAAGGGUCCUGCUUUCAGUCCCAACCCAAAACACGCCGCGCAGGCCAAGAUUGAAACCGCCAAGCUCGCACAGAUCAAGUCGCUCACGAAGAGCGAAGAUCCCGACCGGUUGGCGCUAGGCCACAACUUCUACAAGAAGAUCUUGAAGGUCGUUGUCAACGCCAGGCCGAAGCUCAGUCAGCCUCUAGACCGGUACUACUUGGGCAAGUUUUCUGCCAUGAGAUUUGAGUACGGCAAAGAGGACCAGAGCUUCGCCGAGAGCGACUUGCAGCUGUUUUUGCAGGUGUCCGACGAAGAGGAGCGCGAAUUGCGUCUGUCGCACAAGUAUGUGGUUGAUAACUUGCCUAGCACUGCUCCGCAGGGUCUCUAUAGUGGGAAUGGUAUUGUGUUUGUAGGUGGUGGCCGCUUCAAUUGGUUGACCCUACUCAGUAUCAAGCGUCUUCGGUCCAUGGGCUGCACAUUGCCCAUCGAGGUGUUAAUUCCGACUUUCGAGGACUUUGAGUUGGAUGUUUGCACGUCGGUGUUCCCCUCGUUGCAAGCCACUUGUAUCUACAUGCCACUGGCUUUGUUCAAGGAUGAGGUCUCCCGUUAUGGUGAAAACAGUCAAUUGACCUUCAAGGGCUACCAAUAUAAGUGCUUGGCAGUGAUGCUCUCAAGAUUCGAAAAUGUCUUGCUUCUCGACAGUGAUAACAUCGUCAUCAACUCACCCCAGAAUUUGUUCACAAGCGAGCCAUUCAAGUCCAAGGGAUUGAUCGUAUGGCCCGACUUCUGGCGUAGAUCGACCUGUCCUAAAUUCUACAGCAUCGCGGGAAGCAAAAUCAGUACGACAAGACUUUCUGACGCCUACCUGGAGCAGGUAAAUGGUUAUCUUGAACAAACUGGCAAGGUCACUCCAUAUGACGCUGUGAACAAAAUAUCAUACCACGAGCGUCUCGGAACGAUUCCUGACCCCUCUAGUGAAUCUGGGCAAAUGAUGAUAUCGAAAAAGACCCACUUGAAGGCCCUUUUGCUUGCUUUCUACUACAACACCUUUGGCCCGGACUUUUACUAUCCAUUGUUCUCACAAGGUGCAACCGGAGAAGGUGACAAAGAGACGUUCCUCGCAGGCGCAGUCAUUUUAGGCGAUCCUUUCUACCAAGUCGGUAGCUUCGUUCAAGCCAUAGGUGAAUUUAUAGACGGUGAAUUCAAAGGUCACGGAAUGGGUCAAGCCGAUCCAAGACAAGACUAUGAAAGGAGCAUCGAGCUCAAGAAACUUGCAAAGCAUUACAGUGACACUGAGCUAUUAGCAAAGAUGAAAGAAUAUCCUCGCCCCAAGCUCAUGUUCUUACAUGCCAACUAUCCAAAGUUGGAUCCAUGGGACUUGAGUAAAGGAACCACAUUUGAUGGCAUCAGUCGUCAUCGUCUUUACGGAAGUGCUCUUAUGGAAGAGACUGGUAGAGAUAUCGAGUUGGAGAUUUGGAACAACAUCGAGGAGCUCGUUUGUGGAACCUCGACGUUGAAACUCAGUACAUUAAACAAAGUGGAACGCCCUGUUCUAUGUCAGGAGAUUCUUAUGCAAAAGAAAUACUUAAUCGCGACAACUGACAGCUUGCGUCGUUAA